GUUCGGUCUGCCAUGGCGAUUGCAGAUGCAGAUGCAGAUGGGAAGUAAACGAUACUGGCACAGGAGAUGGAGAUGGAGAUGGAGAUGGUUCUCGACCGUGGGGGGGCGUCUGUGUUAUGCGAGGUCCCUCGGAUUCAAGCUGAGUGCGUGAAGAUUGUUAGAUUGUUGUUGUCGAGGAGGGUUCACCAGGUUAAGGAAUUCAGUUGUACCAAGUACUGUAAUAAUCGAGCGUAGCCCCCAACAGGCUACCAUGUUUCGGCUAAGAGCCGUGGCAUGGCUUGAGUCUUGGCAAUUUGAUAGAGAUACGGCGGGGUGUGUUGCUAGAAAUAUCUCGGCUACAGGUACCUACCGAGCCUACUUCUAUGAGCCUAUGAGUACUCAGUACCGACUGUAUCUUUCAGCCGCCCACCGCGCCCUGUCAGCUUCCAUUCAUUCUAUGGGCGGCUAAAUCUGUACCUGUGAAUAAUGUAGGUACAGAUUAUGGAAACACAAUCAUCUCCCUGCAUAAGCAAUGUAAGGUUACUCGAAAAUUGGUGCGUCAUACAUGUACUUUGCCGACUUUUUUUUGGUUCAUUAUCGAAUAGCUCCCUUUAUUCUUCGAUAUCAGAAUUGCUUAGGUACGAUUGGACAUUCUCACCGUCCUUGAAUAGCCCGCUACCUACCGUACCAAAUAAUAUUUCUAUGCGUAGUACUCCGUAGGUGAUUUACAGUACUACACCACUACACCCUCACACUUCAAGCCAUCUCCACUACUCCAAAAAUACCAACCUACGCUCGCUACCCUACUCAUAGCGGUACUGUAGGUAGGGGUUAGACAUACGCCCCCACCUCCUGGGGGUUCCAUUUAAAUCAUCGCCCGCCACAAUGUCUACUCUACGUUUUCAGAAGCAUGGCAUGACAAUAUGACGCCCUGAACACUCGCCAGGACCAGCCUACGCUCUUUGAGAGAGCCUCAAUUCGACCUGGCUUGCCGCUUGCAUGGCACGGUUGUUGUUGGACCACCUUGUGAGGCUGAGAAUGCCAUGUUCAUCGGUAACGAUGGAUUCUGGCUCGCGUGGUGGGGUAUUCUCGUACUUUCCCUCGUUGUCGUUCCGAAAUAGGAAAGGAACGAGAGGCGUAGCGGAGUGUCAACUCAGCUCCUUCGUUCUCAGCCGUUCAUCCAAAUUCCCUUAAUAGGCGAUCCAGAAAGGGGCAGCAAUCAAUUUCUUGCCUUGUUUUUUGGAGAUUCUGAAUUGAUUCAAACAAGCAGGACCUAGCCGUCGAAGUUAUAUACAGUAUAAAAAUAUAUGUGUGGGAGAUGAAGUAUCAUGGCUAAAUAUAAACAGAAGGUUCUCUCUUUGACAGCGACAGCCAUGUCAAGUUAGUUAGCGCUGCGGGAAACGGCUAAGACAAGAGGUGCGAGUACCUUGAAUGCAACCACCAACGGCCCGCGAGAUUAGUUUGACUCGGAAUGGUUCCUGAUAGAAAAAAAUUCUUUUCUCGCCUCUGCUGGCUGGCUGGCAAACAGAUAUCUGCGGAAGCGUAACCAUAGCAGUAUUGGUACGAGUAGUCGUAGCCGAUGGUCGAAACAUCGUUCGUUCAAUGUGCUCCAAUUACUGUACUCGAGUACCGUGAAUCCCUUCCUAAAACACCAGUUUCUUUUUAGAUUAACAUGCACACCAAAAUACCUGAUGUACGCAAAUAAGCCAUGCCUCAAACUGGUCAAAUACCGAUCUACAGGUUCCUAUUUCCUGGUUACCCCUUUUUAAUUGGCAUGUCAGCCUUGGCACUAAAAUUGGAGCCUCGCCAAAUCUGAUUAAAUCUCCCAGACCGCCUCUGCAACUCACAGUAUUUACGCAUUCUCCUCCCCCACUUGACUCCCGCCCUCUUCCGUCCCAAAAAUCAGGAAACCACCCCGUACAUAUUCCCCAUAGUCAUAUUUGUGCUUCUACCCCUCCAGGAAUCAUGGCUACCAACGGAGGUUAGUGAAGCCACCCAUCACCAUCCACAUCCCACCUUACCCCACGAUCGUUGGCGGGAGCAAUGGAGCAAUGGCUAACAUGUGUGGCAUAUAGCUUCAAUCGCCUCAGAUGCGAGCGCAAACAAGUUCUUUGAGGACUUUGGCUUAUGGAAGGAGGCCCCAGUGCUCAUUGGAAGCACCAAAUACGAACCACUACCAGAUGUCAAGAAUAUUAUGAUUACUGGAGGAGCAGGCUUCAUGUAAGCAUCAACCCCUCCAAACUGGCCACAGUAUCUCAGUUCCUAUGCGCCAACAGCAUGGCAGAUCAUCUCCUACUUCUGCGGUGCCCGAAUUCUCUGCCUCAACACCAUAGCUGACUGUCUGUAGUGCUUGUUGGUUGGUUCGACAUCUUACUUUGACCUACCCUAAUGCCUAUAACAUCGUAUCCUUCGACAAACUCGAUUACUGCGCAUCCUUGAACAAUACCCGAGCCCUCAAUGAUAAACGAAACUUCACUUUCUACCAUGGAGACAUCACAAACCCCUCCGAGGUCAUGGACUGUCUGGAGAGACACAAGAUUGACACCAUCUUCCAUUUCGCUGCCCAGUCCCACGUUGAUUUGAGUUUCGGAAACUCCUACGCAUUCACCCACACCAAUGUUUAUGGUACACAUGUUAUCUUGGAGUCUGCCAAGAAGGUUGGCAUUAAGAAGUUCAUUCACAUCUCCACCGAUGAGGUCUACGGAGAGGUCAAGGACGACGCCGAUGAUUUGUUGGAAACCAGCAUUCUCGCCCCCACAAACCCAUACGCCGCAUCCAAGGCUGCAGCUGAGAUGUUGGUCCACUCCUACCAAAAGUCCUUCAAGCUACCUGUGAUCAUUGUACGAAGUAACAAUGUUUAUGGUCCUCAUCAAUUCCCUGAGAGUAAGUUGCCAAAGCCAAAAUCGCGGAUUUCAACUUCUAACAAAUAAUAGAAAUUAUUCCAAAAUUCAGUCUGCUCCUCCACAGACGCCAGCCAGUCGUUCUCCACGGAGAUGGCACACCAACAAGGAGAUACCUUUUCGCUGGAGACGCCGCAGAUGCUUUCGACACCAUUCUUCACAAGGGUCAAAUGGACCAAAUUUACAACGUUGGAUCAUAUGAUGAGAUCUCCAACUUAACUCUGUGCUCCAAGCUUCUUACAUACUUGGAAAUCCCACACAGCACACAGGAAGAGCUUCACAAAUGGGUCAAGCACACUAUUGAUCGUCCUUUCAACGACCACCGAUAUGCUGUCGACGGGACCAAGCUUCGACAAUUGGGAUGGGAGCAAAAGACCAGCUUCUCCGAAGGAAUGGCCAUCACAGUCGACUGGUACAAGAGAUUCGGUGAGAAAUGGUGGGGUGAUAUCUCCAAGGUCCUCACACCUUUCCCAACUGUCGAGGGCAAAGAUGUCGUUGCAGGUACCGAGCCAGUCGAGGAUAUUAGCGAGGCUAUGAUUGUUGAUUCAGACGAUAAAAUGACACUUGCCAAGAAGAGGAAGAUUGAUGGUUCAUCAGAGGUUGCUGCAUAG